AUGGGGCCGUUCACUCUUUUUUUCUCGUCACUCCUUUUCACCUCUGCGCUCGGCGCACCGGCCGCCUCUGGCGAGUCGCACCUGCACAGGGAUCUGCUUUUGGUUGAGUCUUUCAAGCAGAAGAUCACCUCCGACCCACAGGGCAUCACCAAGAACUGGACCGGAAACGACAUCUGCAAGUUCAACGGUUUCAGCUGCGACAACAAUCCAAACACGGGUCAGAAGGCUCUGGCUGGCAUUGACUUCAACGGCUUCGGGUUCGAGGGCCAGAAGUUGACUCUGGAUGGCUUUCUUGACAAGCUCACCGACUUGACCUUCUUUCACGCCAACAGCAACGGAUUUGUUGGACAAAUUCCGAGUGAUCUUUCGGCGCUGAAGUGGCUGUAUGAGCUUGACCUCAGCUCCAACAAGCUGUCUGGGCCGUUCCCCAAGGCCGUUCUCAAUGCCGACCUCACCUUCCUGGACCUGCGUUUCAACGAAUUUUCCGGCUCUAUACCUCGCGAGCUGUUCACUCUGGACCUGGACGUCAUCUUCCUCAACGACAAUAAGUUCAUUGGCAGCAUUCCUGACACCAUUGGAUCGACCCCGGCCCGGUACAUCACCCUGGCGAAUAACCAAUUCAGCGGAACCUUCCCGAAGUCUGUCGCCAACGCCAAGUCUCUGGAAGAGAUCCUGCUCCUCGGAAACAAUCUGUCCGGCUCUCUUCCCACGGUGUACAAGACUGAGAACCUGACGGUUUUCGACGUCGGCAACAACAACCUGUCUGGAACCGUCCCGGAGGCUUUGUGUCAGUUGAAGAACGUUCAAGUCCUGAACCUGACGAGCAACAACUUUGAGGGAGCUCUUGGCCCGGCUUGCACUGAAUUGGUUUCGAAGGAUAUUCUUGAUAUCUCCAACAACUGCAUCCAGGGAGCUAAGGGCCAGAAGCCCGCCAACCAGUGCAAGAAGGCUUAA